UUUGUUGUUCAAAUAAGUCUGAAAGUUGAAGUAGACGCAUUUCAUAAGUCCAGGUCAGCAGAUCAUUUGAUGGGGUUGAAACUGUCAUUCGUGUUUGCACGUAAACAAAAGUUAUGCAAGUUGUUUCUUUAAAUAUCAUCGAAAAUUAGAAUGACGUCGAAGUAAAUUAUUUUAGAAUACACUCUGAUUUACACGUACUGAACACGUUUAAAUUAUUUCAAAGAAACUUCACGUUAUUCAACGAUGAAUACCAGCAAAAAGAUAAACGUGAAUUUUUCCUCACUGGUGGGUCUGAAAGCUGAACUCUUGAGAAAGCAAACCGAAGUAAACCAAGCAAAAUUGAGGUCGGAAGUGAACAAUCCUGUACCGAAGGUCAAGAAAAAGCCCAAAAAGAGUAAGGAAAACGCGACCAAGGAAUCUUCCGAUAAAUCGGAGUAUAUAGAAGAUGUCAAUACUCUUAAGAAAUCUAAACUAAUGUUGGAAGCCAAAGCGAGACUAUAUGAACGAAUAAAAAAAUCGAAGAAUAAUAAUGAAAAUUUCCUCGUUGAUUUUACGAAUAAAUCGGACGAAUCCGAGGCAGAAUCAUUGCCAAAAGAUGAAGAGGAUAUAAACGACGAAACAUUUGGAAACGAAGACGAUUGGGUGGAAUACGAAGAUUGCUUCGGUCGUACGAGGAAAUGUUUAAUCGAAGACUUGCCUCUCAUGCAGGAGAAAGAUAAAUUAAUAAAGCAACAAAUUAUAAGUAAAAAAGGAAUCGAUCUAAAAGCUAAUGCCGAACAGAACUUCGUGCAAGAGGAGAAGGAACCCGAAAUAGAAAUUAUGAGAAGAAAGUGGGAAGAACAAACUGCAAAGUUGGCCGAUAAAGUGAACAUACAUUAUCAAGAUGUAUUAUUUGACGAAGCCAGAGCUCACGGCGUUGGUUAUUUUGCGUUUUCGCAAGACGAAGAACAAAGAGCUAAGCAACAAGAAAAUUUGUCCAAGUUAAGGAAGGAAACAGAACAGAAACAGAAGGAAAUAAAAGAACUGAAGGAAUUACGGGCAAAAAUGGAACAGAAUAGAUUGAAAGCAGCUAGAAUUAGACAACGCAUUAGAGCUGGAUUGCCGAUAGAACCAGAAGAAGAAGAAGAAGAAGUAGGAGAAGAACUUAAGGAAAAAGUUAACAACGAAUCAAAUGUAUCGACUGAAAUUAAAGAAGAGGAUGAAAGCACUGAAAGCCAGCCUAAAGAAGAAGAUAAAGCAGUGGAAAGAGAAAAUAAAAUCAAAGCUUUAGGAGAACUUUUAGGCAAACGAAAUCGUUGGUAUGAAAUGUCGCAAGAAGAAUGGGUAGAUAAAUGUAGAAAAAUCAGAGCUACCGAAUUUGGACCCAUGUACGACAAUUUUAAAAGCGCAGGUUACAUUAGUUCCCGUUAUUAUCCGAAUUCUGAAAGUAGCGGUACGUCCUUAAAUGAUCAAAGCAAGGAGAAGCUUAAUGAAACAAACGUUCAGGAUGAAAUAGAAGACGAUACUGAAACGAAUAUUGAUUCUUAUGAUAUACCGCUUCCUCCUACUUUAACAGGAAAUCAUUUUAAUAACGAAGAAAAUAAUAGUCGGAUUAAUUCUCCUCAAAUAAUUGAUACUAUUGCUGCUAAUAAUACGCAAAAUCAAACGAUACAAGCUAGAAGCAUAGACGAAGCAAACAUAGCGGCAGGUUUACGAUAUUUAAGAGAGAAAUUUGAAGAAAGUCAAAACUCUUGAAAAAUUAUACUAUAUUGUACUGUACAUAUUUGUAAAUAUAAUUUCUUACAACUGCUAGGAAUACUUUUACCUUUCAAACUAUAAAGUACAAAAGAUUAAGCGUAUAUUAUACUGAACAUUGUAGAUAUUUGUACGUAUACAUAUGUAAACAAGUACAGUAUUAUAAAUACUGAUUAUAAAUUUGUAGAAAAUAAAACGAUACAUACUAAAUAAAGAAAACAAAAAAUAAAU